AUAUUCAAGGGAGAAGGAUCAUUUCUGUAUAAAUGCAUCAAUCAUGGAAUUCGCAAUUACUACCGUCAUUUCACAGAGAAAUGCAAAACUUCUAAUAUAUUUUUUGAAAUACCCGAGAGCAAAUUAGAAUACUGCGAUAUAAACGAUAACAUGCGUUUAAUUGUCGAAUAUAAAGAAUCAUUUGUCACAACCAUUGGAUGUUAUCUACCAGCAGGUGCAAUGUUUGAAAAACCUGAGGAACGUGGUAGUGCAUUAUUUUUGGAGCAUGUAUUAUUCCAACAAACAACUCAAAGAAAUAAACAGCAAAUUGAAGAAGAAUUACAGGGAAUCGGUGGAACAGUAACAGCAAAUGCGAUGCGAGAUAUGUUUGUAUUUUAUGGAACAGCACCUUCUUGUAAUGCUAGCAAACUUGCAGAGCUAUUUGUUGAUGUUGCUAUGAAUGGUGUUAUAUGUGAUAGUGACGUUAAAUUAGCAAAAUGUAGAAUACUUAAGGAGCUCUCUAAAAUAGGAUCCAAUCCAGAGCAAGUUGUAAUGGAUUAUCUUCCAAAUAUUGCAUAUCAGGAUACUAUGCUCUCUACAAGUGUGUUUCCUGAGAGUCAUAUAAUCAAAGACUUUGAAGCAAAAUAUUUGAUCAACUUUAGAAAUUGUAUGUUCAACCCAUAUUUUAUGACUAUGAUCAGUUCUGGUGCAAUUACUUUGAAUGAAUUACAAGAAAUUAUGUGUAAAUACAUUACUGAAAGCAUACAGAAGUUAGAAACUUCUGCAUGUAGUCGCAAACUAAAACCAUCUUCAAACUUAAAGCAAUUACGUUUUUCAGGUGCUGAAUUACGAUUCAGAGAUGAUGAUGACGAAGAAUUAGGAUAUGUAGCUAUAGGAUUUGAAGGACCAACUUUUUCUGAACCUGAAAAUCGCUAUGCUUUUGAAGUAGCUAAAGAAAUAAUAGGCUCAUGGGAUAUGACACAUGGUGGAGCAAAUCAUAAUGCCCCAUAUCUUGCACACAGUGCAUUCAAUACGAACAUGUGCCAUUCAUAUAAAUCAUUUAUCUUAGACUAUGCAUGCAAUAGUAUAUGGGGUUGUUACUUUGUUUGCGAUAAGCUAAAACUUGAUGACAUGGUUUCCAUGUUGCUGCACGAAUGGAGAAGACUGAACACGACAAUCACCGACAUGGAAGUACAACGAGCUGUAAACAAAUGCAUAUUUCACGAACUAAUGAAACUGAAUGAUCCAGUGAAUCGUUUCCUCGAUAUAUUCAAUUGUCUCUACUUACGUGAUUGUUACGAGCCCAUGAGUGACAGACUUGCGAGAUACAACGAGAUUACAGCGAAUACGAUACGGAAAGUUGCUAAUAAAUACAUAUAUGAUCAGUCUCCUGCAGUCGUAGCACUUGGACGCAUUGAAAAUUUAACGGAUUAUUGUGCUAUACAACGUGGCACGUACUCUUUUUGUUAUUAACACAUUUUGUCUAACACUUCUUUGAUAAACGAGAUUAUUUUCUUGAUAAUGUAGGUGCAUCGUUACAAAUGAUGAUAAUCUAUCAAGAGAGAAAACUCUGUAAUAAAAACUAAAAAAUAA